GUAUUUUCAGAAUUUCUUCGGCUUUUUGUAUUCGUAUAUCUAAUUUUAUGAAUAAAAAAUAUAGACCUUUGAAUAUAUCCAGACUAGAAUUUGCUUCCAUAGUUGGUCUAUUAUUUUGGAAUUGCGUUGAACGAAUCUUAUCAGAUUUUAUUGAAGAAAAAAUAAUUUUAUCAAAUAGAGACCAACUAUAUGCAGAAUUACAUGCAAUAAUUGCCAAAAAUAAAUUAAAUUGUUCAAAUAAUACUACUUUAAAUAAUUUUCCUUUUUCACCAAUUUUUGCUGAGUCUUCUAUUAGAUUUGGACGCUUAUUAGAUCUUUUGAGUCACUUGACUAUUUUUUCAUGGGAAAGUGCUGAAGUAUUUCAAAUGGCCAAAAUUUUUAUGGAUUUACCAGAUUUAUGGGAUGAAAUUAAUUUGCCUAAUAAUACUAAAUAA